GGUAUGGCACUCGCGUUACUGCCAUUUCAUAAUCCUCGCGUGCUGCGAAUCUUCUUUGCCUCUAUGGGAAUCUUACCUCGCAAUGGCUGCACCGAGCAGACCAUAUGAUACCCCACCGGUGCUGGUACGCCGUAAUGAUCCAAGCAUGGCAGCUACGCCCAUCGUAGCCGAGGAUGAGAAUGAAGAGAAUAGGGACAUGAACUCGGGGAGAGGCAGGACAAGAUUUCAGCAAUCGAAUGCAAGCAGGAACGAAGCUCCGGAAGGCCCACAGUCACUGGGCUCUCUUAUGGGUACACAGGGUGUACUCCCAUCGCAGUCCGAACACCUCUCAACACUGGCCGUGCCGACGCCUACCGAUAGCCAAGGAACAACAUUUCAAGCUUUCACCGCGCCUUCGUUAUCGAUGAAUGUCACUUCGACCUUACCUCUUAACUUUGUAGCAUCUACCAUCAGACCAACCCUUACCAAGCAAGCAGACGCUAUCGCGAUGAACGAGGUCAUGGCCACCCAACCUGCUUCAACUGCAGUCCCAGGACUUCUGGCGGACACUUUCGUAAAGGAAGAAAACGAUGCGCUUCCCGGUGUCAAUCAGGGCGACCCUUCGUUGGAAACAGUACCUGGCAUGAACCAAGAAACUCCUGUACUGUUGACGACGCCUGGAGUGACACCUCUCGCAACCCCUGAGACUUCGACCGCACUGUCUGCAACUCCGGCGAUUACAGUGGGUAAGCCCAUGCCGGGAAAGAAUCAACCGAAGCCUACAAUGGAUGUCUCUGCAGUGUCUUUCAUGAUCCUGAGCGACUCCAGUUCAACGGCUGUGCCAACUAUUUCGUCUUUGUCGGCAGUGAGCACGAGCAUGGCCACAGCCACUGAAUCUUCUACGAGUUCUUUCUCCCCGCCGCCGACAUUGGUCAUCUCUACUACAACCGCGACAGCGUCCUCGAAAAUGACAAAGUCUUCAUCGCUGCCUCCAGUUCUUACUUUCGUCACCGUAACGCGAACAGCACAAGGGAAAGAAGAUGCCCAAUCGUCCACUCAAACUAUCCUGGCGCCACAAGCUGUCACGACACGACAAUCUUCAUCCUCUGGGCUUCGAACAUUACCCCUAGCUUCCGGAUCAGCCAUACCUUCCAGUCUGGCCACCGCCGUCAGUGUCGAGCCGCAGCAAGGCUUGACUCCCCUAGCAAGGACACUGUUCAUCCUUUUUGGAGUGCUGGGCUUCGUCACGAUCCUCCUCGCCUUCAGUCUAACUUUGAUAAUGCGGUCGAACAGAAGACGCGCACAAGCAGCCCGACAACAAGCCAUCCGAAGCCCCAGCGAAGAAAUCGUAGAAUACGAUGGCUAUGGAAACACAACCCGUGUAUCCGCCAAGAGCUCAAUAAGAAACUUCCUGACCGAGCCCGAAAAAGCCAUCGUAAACCGCGCCGCUACGCCAGACGGAGAACCAGACGCAAGCACAAGACCCUCCAACGCCCUCACCGAAGCCAUCAACUCCUUCAUAACCAAAUCGCGUCGCCUGACAUACAAAAUAUCGCCCUGAAGACUGUAUGUAGUAGUAACAAGGGUGGGUAGGAAUCAACACAUGCUUGAACGGGUCGCCAGCGCAACUUAGUACUGUAAUUGUUGCGGGACUUGAUAAUCAACUGUACAUAGCAUGAUAGACUGUAUAUACGAGUGGAUGUCGUUACAAUAAUCAUAUGAAUGGUUUGUGAACCUUGACCUCAACACCGCUAGCUUCACGUGUGUACUAACUAGUUUGUGAUGUGCGCAGCAAGACUACAUCAAAGCCGCGCAUGAUAACUAGUAAUCGAAGCACUAUCACGCCACAAUCAGCACGCCUCACUACCUGCGGAAGCCGCUCGUUCCAUCUAUCUGCUAGCGGAGUACUAGUGUUCUGCGGCGUAGCGGCGUAGUCCUUGC